AUGGAAUUAAUUUAAAUGCUUAAUUAUUUGGAUGUAACUGGCAAUAAUUAAAAAUUAACGAUUUGUAUUAAUUGGAUGGUCAUACUAGUACUCUGGUCAGUCUGUUUCUCUCUUGAUGGAAAUACAUUAGCUUCUGGUAGUGUUGAUAAGUCUAUCCGUCUAUGGGAUGUCAAAACAGGAUAAUAAAAAGCUAAAUUAAAUGGUCAUGAUGAUGGUGUCUGGUCAGUCUGUUUCUCUCCUGAUGGAAAUACAUUAGCUUCUGGUAGUAGUGAUAACUUUAUCCGUCUAUGGGAUGUCAAAAACAAGCAUUGUUCAGAUUAUAGAUUUAAAGAAAUUUAGGUUAAAAAUACAAGAUAUCCUUUUUAACACCCCUUUGCAGUAAAAGAAUAUAUAUAUAAUUUAGAUACAUCUAAUAUUAUGGUUUACCCAGACUUCAAUUUUUCAAGGUUUAAGAGAGUUUUAUAUAAACAACCGUUUCCUUUUAAGAGAAUUAUUGGAGUAAAUUAUAAUUUCUUACAAUAACACUUGA